GCUUUUCUUUCGCCUCAAUGGAUUUUCCAAUCUUGGUUUUCACUUGUAUUACUCGUUGUCGGCAAUCAAUAACAGCUUGAUGUUCGGCGAGCCUAUCCAUACUAAGGAUAACGUCGAACUCCUUGUAUGGUCGGGCUAAUGCAGACUUACUUUGAACAGGGGCCAUCGGAAAUGGUUUUCCAAGGUUCAUGGGACAUUCCUUCCGGAAGUGUCCACGUUUACCACAACCUACACACAGACCUUGGGCAAGCCAGCACUCGCAUGGGUGGUGUUUUCCGCACAUAUCGCACAAUGGGUGUUUCCAUCCUCUUGACUCGUUAUCAUAUGCUACCGAUUGAGUUUGCAUUGAUUUCCCCUUCUUUGACCUCCCAGCCCUCCGCCACCCGUCGACGCCCGUCCUCGCCGCCGACGCACGUCCUCGCCAGCCCCGCCGCUGUCGCGUGGGUGCAGCAAGCGGGUCGGAGGGUCGGGAGGCGGUGGGCAGCUGCGGGCAGGAGCGGCGGCUGCGUGCAGGAGCGGUCGGGGCGGCAGCAGCGGUUGGGGCGACCUUGGAAGUCGGUGCGGCAGGAGGGUCGGCGCGGCAGGUGUUCGGCAGCGGUGGGGAGCAGCGGCAGCGCUCAAGAGGUGACGGUCAACAGACUUCCCCCGCCGGACCUCCUCUUCCUUUUUGCAGUUGCAGUGAACUUGGAGAUUGUCGUACAAAUGAGCGAUAAUGAGAACCCGCCUCCCCCCACGAAGACUGAUAGAGAGGUGUUGGCACGUUUGAGGAAGUCCGUCAUUGGUAGAUGGAGACCCUCUUCUCGCCAGGGAUCGAGCACAGCCACUACAUCCACAGGCACUCCCUCUAUUUCCUCGAGUCCAUUCACUGACACACAGGUGUCCCCCUCCACCCCACGUACUACGCCAUCUGGCCCUUGUACGUCAGCAUCUAGGGUCGGGGAGAGUACUGAGGAUCAGGAGGACGGAGGUGGCGAUGACCACAACUCCGAGGACCGCAUUGAAGAUGGACACCGUGGUGGGGUUCGAGAUGGUGAGGACCGCGAUCACGAGGACGAGGAGGGUAGAUAUCACGAGGGUCCUGGUCAUCGGGGUCAGUUCGUGUAUGUCAAUUCGGAUGACGAGGUUACAAUCACUAGCGCUGGUGCUGGUCUUAUCACACCGGCAUUCUACGAGAGGACGGACACAACUGGCAUGUCGUGGGGCAAAGUCUCAACGACGACGAAGGAGUUCUACUAUCGAGAGUUCAAGAAAAAUGCUAGAGUGGAUCCGUCAAUCGAUGAGGGCAGGCUGAGGAAAGCUUUUCUCAAGAAAGCUGCAGAACGGUACGCGAAUUUUACGUACAAUCAAAGGAACCCAAGUCGAUUGAAGAAGAAGAAGAUGGACCCGAGGCCAUUUGAGCAGUUGAAGAAGGUUUGGGAAGAGGAUCCGGAGUUUCUGGAGUUGAGUAAGACUAAGAAGAAGAACAGAAGGAAGGGAAAAGAGGAUGGUCCUGCUCUUGGGACGUAUUGUGGAGGUUCAGUUCCAUUUUCUGAAAAUAUGAAUCGAUUGGCUAAGAAGAAAGGGGGGUCUGUGUCGUUGGAUGAGGUUAUCAUCCACACAAAGACAAAGAAGCACGACGGCAAGACUUGGGUGGAUCCUGAACAUGCUGAGCUACAGGAGGAGAUGAGGAAGCUAUAUGGUGGUAACCUUCCUCGACGAGGCGAUGAUGGAACGGGAGGGGCAGGGCAGCCCGGGAUUUGUUGAGACAUUUACGACCUUAGCUUCCUCCAUUUUAAACACUUGACACUAACAUUUUAGUAUUUAUUGUUAGAACAUAAUGAAUUAUGUUACAUUUG